AUGGCGUUUUCGAAAGACUCGGGCUGCGGAGAUCAAAACUUCAACUUUUUUUUGGCAGAAAAAAAAAGCGCUAAGCGGCGGCUGACUCAGCAGGUAGCUGACCUCACGGGAGCUCCAGGCGUCAAGCUCACCGCGCGGUCCUCCUCACUUAACCACUACUCCCCUUCGUCUUCUCUGAUCAUCUACUUGCUUGUUAUUUUUGUUUAUUUAUCUCUCAUACCGCAAACAUUUGCUAGGGAGGUUCUUUUGGGUAUCGCCGGCAAGGACUUCGUCAUUCUUGCUGCAUCCAAGGCCGCAAUGAGAGGCCCGACAGUCCUCAAGGCUGAAGAUGAUAAGACACGACAGUUGAACAAACACACAUUGAUGGCCUUCUCCGGCGAGUCGGGAGAUACCGUUCAAUUUGCCGAAUACAUCCAAGCCAACGCUGCACUCUACAGCAUGCGUAACGACACCGAGCUCAGCCCCUCCGCCGUUGCCAAUUUCGUCCGGGGAGAAUUGGCACGCAGCCUGCGGUCACGGAGUCCCUACACAGUAAACCUGCUGCUAGGUGGUAUAGAUCCGGUCACUGAGAAGCCUCAUCUCUACUGGGUUGAUUAUCUAGCGUCGCUGGCGCCCCUCCCAUAUGCUGCUCACGGCUAUGCCCAAUACUACUGCCUCUCCAUCCUUGACAAACACCACCAUCCCGACUGCACCCUCGAGGAGGGCCUUGCGCUCCUCACACUGUGCACAGAUGAGCUGAAGCGCAGACUACCAAUUGACUACAAGGGGAUGUUGGUGAAGGUGGUGACGAAAGAUGGUGUGCAAGAGAUCGCUGUGGAUAACGAUAAGGUGGUCCGGAGUGCUUGA